AUUUCAGCUGCUAUGCUGGACCAGAACGACACGACGCACUUUGACCUCUCAGGUGCGCUCAUCUACGACCCUUGUAUUGGCGACUGUGGAUGGGUUCAAGAAGAAGUUCCAACAGUUCCUUAUGUGUUGCAGAACAGUAACUUGUUUGGUCUUAAUGAGAGCUUUACCGAGACCUUGGUAGCCUCGCAUGAGUCUUGUGGGUAUGCGGCCUACAUUGACGAAUAUCUCACAUUCCCGACAGGAGGCAUCCAGCCGCCUUCGCCAUAUUGGGGUGAGGGCAAUUGUGAUGUCUUCGACUUGGUGAAUAAUGCAGCGCUCGAAGUCAACCCGUGCUUCGACAUCUACGAAAUCAAUCAAGCCUGCCCCAUUUUGUGGGAUGUGUUGGGCUUCCCGACCGAGCUGGAGUAUGCGCCCGCCGGGUACGAUUUGUAUUUCAACCGGACCGAUGUCAAGGAGGCUCUCCACGCGCCACUCGAUAUCAAUUGGGCCGAGUGCGCCAACGAGGAUGUCUUCGUGGACGGAGAAGACAGCUCGGCCCAGCCCAACAUCUAUGUCUUGCCCAAAGUCAUCGAGGCGACGAAUCGCGUGCUUGUCGCCAACGGCGAUUACGACUUUAUCCUCAUGACAAAUGGAACCCUUCUGAGCAUCCAGAAUAUGACUUGGAACGGAGCCCUGGGUUUCCAGACCGAGCCAAGUACCCCAAUUAAUAUUGAGAUCCCGGACUUGGCAUGGGCUGAGGUGUUUGAUGAAAACUACGCUGAGGGUGUUGAUGGGCCGCAGGGUACUAUGGGCAUUCAGCACUAUGAGCGUGGACUCUUGUGGGCCGAAACAUACCAGAGCGGACACAUGGAGCCUGAGUUCCAGCCGCGUGUAGCUUAUAGGCACCUGGAGUGGGUCUUGAAUCGCACUCAGACUCUUUGAAGGAUGUCCGGCAAUAUACAACGAGAAGUUAAUGGUAUAUAUAUAUAACCUUCGAUGUAGCUUAAAUUUUAAACCUAAAUUUGGAUUUUGAUAACAUUGUCCCCCGGAGAUGAUCAGCUGUUUGUGGGAUUGAAGGAGCAAGCAUGGCUCUCAUUCCGUCUGGAUCAAACCACUUUCACUCGAGGCUGUGCAGGUAUUACUUUAAUCCCAAGAUGUCACCUGCG